AUGCCCGAAAAUACUAAAGAACAGAUUACUUCACCUAAUGAUACCUCACAAUCACAUUCUAAUGGUAAAAAAAAAAUGGUAACAAAUAUUGCGACCUCUGCAACUAAUUUGCUUCAUUCUGUUCUACCAAUGGAUGGAAAAAGUGCAGCAUCAAAUUUAUCCACUUUAUUGAAUAACAUUAAUACAAAUCAGAAGCCUGGAACUUCUUCAACAUCAACUACAUUUUUGCAACAAGAAUGGAUAACGGAACAAAUAUAUGAAGAUAAAUCACAUGGAAAAUUUAUUAAUCACAAUACGAAUAAGUCGGUUAAUGCAGGCUUUAAUGAUGCAGAAUGGGAAAAUUGGAUAAACUCUUCCGAAUAUCUCGAGCAUGAUAAUUUCUCUAAAGUGUCCAAUCAUAAAUAUCCUUUUCAUCAUCACUUUCACAAUCAAGAUUUUCACCAUAGUUAUCAACAAGUUGAUGGUAUUGAAAUUAUUGACUUCUUAAACUCUUCCAAUUACACUGAAGAAGUAUACGAUUCUAAAUUUAAGGAUGAUGAAUGCAUUGCCUUUAACUCUUUCAACAAAUACGGAUCUCAAUUAAAUGACUUUUUGGAAGCUUCUGAUAUUUUGACAUAUUUGACACAGACAAGAUAUACGGAUGACGUAUAUGGAAUGCCUAUAUUUUUGAAAAGGCUAGUUAGCGAAGCAAAGGAGGAGAUUUUCAGUGAACAGGAUGCCUCAUAUUCAAACAAAGAGGUAAAUGAAAGCCAUCGCAAGACAGGAAUAGAACGAUUAAAAAUGGUGAGAGAUCAUUUGAUUAAAAGAAAAGAGCGGAGUACAGAUAAUGAGAUGCGCGAAUGGUUAGAUAACUGGACCGAGAAAGAUAUGGAACUUAUUUGGAGUAACUAA